GACCACGACGUGGCCGAGGAUAAGAUCUUCCUGCUGUCGCUGCUGAUGGCGGAGAUGGGCGUGCACUCAGUGGCGUACGCUUUCCCCAAAGUGCGCAUCAUCAGCACCGCCGUGGACAAGGAGGUCAACGAGCAGUUCCACAUCAUCCCGGGGAUCGGUAAUUUUGGAGAUCGCUACUUCGGCACCGACGCUCCGUCAGACUGGUGUGAAAGUGACGAAGGCAUGGACCUCUGAGGAGGAAGAGGAGCAGAGAUUAUCAGAAAGAGUCCCUUCAGACCAGCGAGGAGACCCUGGAUUAACGUCUACCUUUGAGUCCUCCUGACGGAAACAUCCUGCAGGAUGUUUGUCGGCUCUGAAAGCUUUUGUCACGCAGUCUGACGCAAACUCACUUCCAAAUUAUCUACCUUUUUUUAAAAAAAGAGAAAAAAAAGGCGAAAUCCUAAACUACAUAAUCCAGAUUAUUAUUUAUAAACUUUCCUCUGAUGCUUUUGAUGAAUUUAUUURCUAUCAAUUUACUGGAGGAGUCUUAAAUUCCCUCCAGGUUUUUUUUUUUUUAAUUUUGCACAGAAAGUCUCUUCAGGCCAGAUAUUCUAGAUUAAAUUAUUUGUUUAAAUCCAGCGGGAAAGUCACUCACAAAAAUCUGAUUAAAUUUACGCUUCAUUUUAUAUUAAUCCCAGUAGAUGGCAAAUGUGAUAAUCUUUUGUUUUGCACAAAAAUGUUGCGUAAAAUUUUUGCAACUCUUCAGUUUGCUCCACAGUUGUGCAUUAUUAUAAUUUAUUAAUCCCAGGUGGGAUUAUGUUUCUCAGCAAGUUGUUGUUUUUCUGCGAUUAAAUUGAAACGUUAUUGUCUCAGGCAACUUUCACCAAAAGGGACAACAAUAAUAAAAUACUUGAAUAUAACUGA